CCGACAAGAAACACAUAGCAAGCAGAACCUCCUUUGAAAAGAGUGACAAAUCAUUUGGUUUCUGUUUCUCAUUGCUAUCAAAGUAUAUCAAACAAGCUUUCGAGCUCAUACAACAAUCAUCACUUUUUUUUCCUCUUCACAUCACUUUCAUAAAAACUCUCAAAAGCAAACCUCUCACGUGGAUCUUAAGCAAAGAAAAAAAAAGAAAGAAAGAAAAGAAACAAUGGCCUCCCAGCUCCCCGCAUACAAGCAAGAGUUCUUGAAAUCCGCCAUUGACGGCGGCGUCCUCAAGUUCGGCAGCUUCGAGCUGAAGUCCAAGAGAAUAUCACCAUACUUCUUCAACGCGGGAGAAUUCCACUCCGCGCGCCUUGCCGGCGCCAUCGCCUCCGCGUUCGCAAAGACCAUCAUCCAGGCGCAGCAGGAGUCCGGCCUCGAGUUCGACCUCGUCUUCGGCCCCGCCUACAAGGGCAUCCCGCUGUGCUCGGCCAUCACCAUCAAGCUGGGCGAGCUGGCGCCCCAGAACCUCGACACCAUCUCGUACUCGUUUGACCGCAAGGAGGCCAAGGACCAUGGCGAGGGCGGCAACAUUGUUGGCGCUCCCCUCAAGGGCAAGAAGGUUCUCAUUGUGGACGACGUCAUUACCGCCGGCACGGCCAAGCGAGAUGCCAUUGAGAAGAUCACCAAGGAGGGUGGUAUUGUCGCCGGCAUCGUCGUCGCUCUCGACCGCAUGGAGAAGCUCCCCGCUGCUGAUGGCGAUGAUUCCAAGCCUGGCCCCAGUGCUAUUGGCGAGCUGAGGAAGGAGUAUGGCAUUCCCAUCUUUGCCAUCCUGACACUGGACGACAUUAUCGAUGGAAUGAAGGGAUUUGCUACUGCUGAGGAUAUCAAGAACACGGAGGAGUACCGGGCUAAGUAUAAGGCGACUGAUUAAAAAGCAUAUGGCUGGGCUCUUGGUGUUUGAGCAAAGUAGACGAGUAAACAAGUAAAAACAUUACUUCACUGUAGUAAUAUGUCUUCACCCAUUUCGAGUCUUGAGUUUUGGCUGAAGAGGACGGAAAAAGAACAAAAGUAAACGGGAAAUUGUCUCAUUAAAUUCCUCCUAUACCUGGAAAAAAUAAUACCCUAAAUCAUAGUUAGUUGCUAGCUGUCUAAUCUACGUAGAGCUGAAUGGAUCCGAUAUCCGUCAUGAAUGUCAUAAUUUUUUUUUUCUUUUCUUUUUUUGCUUCACUUCUUUCCUUGUCCUAUCCCAUUAAUAUGCCAUU